CGAAAUGCCAUAGCACUCGGGACAUACCAGGCGGGGAAUAAGAAAAGUAGCAUGCUGCGAUAUUUGGCAGCUUUAAAAAAAUACACUAACAAAAGAACAGUUGGCAAAAACACAGCGGGCUACUGUUGAAUAGUUCCGGGUGUAUUUAGGAAAGGCGACAUUUUUGUCCAAGUAUGUUGUGAAUUAAAGACAAGCCCGUGGAUUUGGCCCUCACGCGGGCAUCUUUCAAAGCUAAGUAGCGUGUUAGCUGUGAUGUCGUUUACUCGCUGAGCAUCUUCAUGAGUAACUUAGCUGAAGUCUAGAUUGCCAACUAGUGUUCAAUGUGUGCCUCAUAAGAUAAAAUGUCUGGCUUUAACUUUGGAUCAGGGACCCUCGGUUCCGCCAACACUGGUGGGGGAUUCACAUUUGGGGCCGUAACCAGUGCACCUGCGGCCAAUACUGGUGGUUUCUCUAUUGGGACUGCCCUGGGUACAGCAGCCCCAACCCCUGCCUCCGCCGCCAGCGCCACCCCGUCUCUUGGCCUAGGAGGCAAUCUCUUUGGUCAGAAACCUACUGGAGGAUUCUCUUUCAACACACCUGCCUCAAGUGCUGCUGCACCCACUGCAGGCCUUACAUUAGGUGCCCAAGCCACUACUGCUGCGUCCACCGGCUUCAGCUUGGCCUUCAACAAGCCCACCGCCUCAGCAACACCCUUCUCCCUCACCACCACUGCUACCACCUCCUCAUCAGCCCCUGCAGGGACAGGCCUAACAUUUGGCUCUGUCCUGACUUCCACAGCUCCACAGCAGCCUGCACCCAUGGGCUUCACGCUCGGUCUUGGUGGCACAACAACCACCACAGCAGCCUCAACAGGCCCAUCACUGGGCGGGGGUCUCUUCUCCAACACUAUCUCUUCAGGUUUGGGUCAGACCACUCUUGGAGGAGGAGGUGGGCUAACAUUGAGUUCUCUGUUAGCUACUUCCACAGCAGUAUCAGCGGCUCCUGCCCCCAGUAUUGGACUGGGUGGAGUUGACUUUAGCACUUCCUCUGAGAAUAAGAGCGACACAUCAUCUGGAGUUAAUGCACAGGACAGUAAAGCUUUAAAAGAUGAGAACCUGCCCCCAGUAAUUUGUCAGGAUGUCGAGAACUUCCAAAAAUUUGUGAAAGACCAGAAACUGGUUCAGGAGGACAUCAGCAGGAUGUCAUCUAAGGCCAUUUCUAAAGUCCAAGAUGACAUCAAGAGCCUCAAACAGCUUCUGUCUGUAAGUGCCAGCGGUCUGCAGCGCCAAGCUCUGGCCAUCGACAAGUUAAAGCUGGAGACAGCGCAGGAGCUAAAAAAUGCUGACAUAGCACUGCGUACACAGAAGACUCCCCCUGGACUUCAACAUGAGAACACUGCUCCAUCAGAUUAUUUCCAUAGCCUGAUAGAGCAGUUUGAGGUGCAGCUGCAGCAGUACCGGCAGCAGAUAGAAGAGCUCGAGAACCACCUGACAACGCAGAGCAAUGGCUCCCACAUCACUCCUCAGGACCUGACCAUGGCCAUGCAGAAGUUGUACCAGACAUUUGUUGCGCAGGCUGCCCAGCUCCAGUCUGUCCAUGAGAAUGUCAAGAUCUUGAAGCACCAGUACCUAUCUUACCGCCGGGCCUUCCUGGAAGACUCCACGGACGUCUUUGAGUCCAAACGGGCAUCCAACAGGAAGUGGCAGAGUACGGCGCGAGUCACGACCGGGCCUGCCCCGUUCUCCAGUGUGCCCAACGCUGCAGCGGUUGCCAUGGCAGCCACAUUGACCCAGCAACAGCAGCCAACUCCAGAAAGAAUGGUUAAAGACAGCGGGAGAAAGGGAGAGAUGACCUACAGGAAACCAUUGUGCUGCCUUACCAUCUUGUGACUGACUCUCAGUUCAAGGGUUAGACACAUUUAUUUAAUGCGCCUUACAACACUAGAGUGAGGACAUUUUAUAGAUUGCUCCCUUGGGAAAUCUGGCGGUGUUGGUGCCAUACACUUGAGAAUGUUAUACAAACACUUUAAGAAAUACCAAGGACAUAAUAACCUACUUCCUCUAUUUUCUCCCUGGGCCCGCUCUUAAUAGAAUGUUUGAGCAGGUAUGUGAGGCUGACGUUUUACGAGACAUUAUAUAAUGGGAGAGAAAGUCCAGCUAUCUCAAUUUUCUUGAAUCUUGAAGUAAUUAUUAGAGAUUCAUUUGAGUUUGAACUGUUUAUUUUUGUUUGUUUUUUCUCAAUGGAUGCUUGGAAUGAGCCAACUCUAUGAAGGUUAUUAUGUAUAAUGGGGUCAGACGUGUUAGACACUUGCUGUGUGUUUUAGAUAUACUUAGCAAACCUAAACCUGAAUGAUUUGUCAGGAUUGGGUGCAUUUAAAUAAACAAUUAACAUUAUGUCUGGGUGAUCAGUUGGUGUGUAAGCUAUACAUGUAUUAUAAUGUAGCUCCUACUCUCUUCAGUCACCAAAUUGGAUCAUCUCUGAAAAUACAGAACUUUUUUUAAGAAGAGAAUGCAGCUUCUCUUGUUCAGGGUCUUAGCAAUACAAUGCCCAUUUUAGACCAAGGAAUCAUACUCUAAAAAAUUAAACCAAAUACAUACAUUUUUUAUUUUAAAAAAGGCCUAUUUAUUGAUCAAACAAUGUAAAAGAUGUUCGUUAAAUGUUAAAUACCAUUAUUUACAUCUUCUGCCAGUAAAAACAACACUAUUUAUAAAGAUUGUUCUUCACAGUAUUAAUAUGCAUCUUUUUAUUAUGCAUACUGCCUACUCUGAGAUUGGUGUCGGAGGUGUGGUGCCAAAUUGACAUUAGGAAUUGGUAUAACCCAAAAAUAUUUAAAUAAGCCCCAUACCACCAAUGUUACAAAAUGCAGUCGAGCAGGUCAUAUUGUUUCACUCACCUCAGCCAUCCCACUAAAUUCACUUUUAAACAUUGUACAACUGAAAUAACUAUGUGAAGAGUUGUCUGUUAUUGUUGUUGCUACAUCUCUGAGAUGUGAAGCCCAUUUUCAGCCCUUUCUGGAGGCUUUGGUGUGGAGGCCACUUACUGGCAUAUCAGGUUGGAUUACUUAACAAGGAACAAACUAUAAACAAACUAAAGUAUUAUGUAUAUUAGCAUGUAUAUUAGCAUGUUUCUACUAUCUAUUUUUUUUUUUUUAAAGUAAAAGUGUCGUAAAGACUGACUUCACACGUUUGAAUGCAACUUUUUAAUUAGAUUGGGUUGCAAAGGGCAGUAUAGUUUUUCAAAUUCUCACAUGGCAAAUUAUAGAAACGACAGCUGAAGUCUGGUUUCACUUGCAGAUUUUGGCUGCUUCUGUCAGAUUUGCUUUUUUACCGGUAAUCAGAUCUGAUAACCACCAGUUGUUACCCAGACAAAGAAUGUGGCUUAUUGUUUCCAUAUACUACUAUAUGAACAUUCACAUACCUUUUGAUCACUUAGCAGGACAUGGAGGAGCUAUUCUGAAAAAGCAUCUAGCCUAUUUGAGUGUGCUAAGUAGGGAUGGGAAUAUUUUACCUUUAUCUAUUUCUUAAUGACAGUUUGCAGAAAACUUUCACAAACACUGUUGCCACAAUAGAUAAGAUUCACUUGUGUGGUCGAAGCGCACACUACCUUGGUGCCUACUUGUUUUUGUGUUGCUUUCCAUUUUUUAAAUUUCAUAUAAAGCCAAAUAAAUUUCUGCUCAUUUGUUUCUUGUAACCCUGUAUGCCCUGGGUAUGCUAGCUGUCUGAAAAGGCUGCAUUAUGCUGUAAUUUAUUUCUAACUCAUAGCUUUGCAUGUCUGUUAACGCCAGAGUUGUGCACUGGGUUACAUAAUGGCUUUUUUUAGUGAUCAUUUUUAGCAUAAUUCCCAUCCCUAAUGCCAGAUAGUGGUUAUUUUCUAGUAUUUGACUCAGUCAUUUCAUAGACUAACCCUAAUCAAAAGUGGAUGUCUUGGUCUCUUCAGUAUUUAUUUACCUAUUUAUUUCUAUUUAGUUUUUUUGUUUGUGUGUAACUUAGUCCAUGAUUGGAAUGGCACAGUGGAGGGUGGCCGGCAUCACAGCACAUAUAACACUAACCACGCAGCUGGGUGGCGCUUACUUCAGGCAGAUUCCUGUUUGACCCACAUACUUGUCGGUGUGGUCGUUGGUUGCGUCGGCCAAAAGCUUGUUCAGAUUUGUGCCUCAAUGGACAUGAGGGUGAAACGUGCCAAAAGACUCAGGAUUGAAAAUAUAAACUAUUUAAGUAUCUGAACUGUAAAUUUAAACUUAGAAAUUGUCUUUCCAUUACUGCACUUGCUUGGUCUUGAAGUGGAAGCGAGGCUGGUAACCUUGUAAAAUAGCCCCGUGACAAAAUACUAAAAUGCAUUCGUUAGUUGGUUUGGUUGUAUGAGGCCACACCACUGUUACUUGAUUUAAAAUAUUUCACCUAAGGGCUACUGCCAGUGUAACAGGGCUGGAUCAUUUCACAUUAAGUUCAGUUAACUGAAGAUGUAGAGUAAAAGUGCUGUUCACAAGUUGUAAUUUCAGGUAUUUUAUCCAACGUGGUGGUACUUUGUAUGGACCUUUUGCCGAAACAAGUUUCUUUUGAUUUUGUUGUUUGGAAAUCUACUUUGACAUUGGUUUUACUGACUCAUUGAUUGGGUCCAAUUUGUUUGAUAGUUCAGAGGAGGAGUUUGGUUUUUGCUGCUCACACUGGUCCUUCAGUUACCAGUAAAAUAAAUCGGUGCCAAAUGAAGUAGACAGGUCAGUGUGAUCAGGUUGCAUGUCUGCGUGGGGUUUAUUUCCCACCAUUUUGUGAUAAAAGGAUACAGUGUUGCUUGGUGUAGAUACUGGUGAGAGCUUAGCAUCUUUGGCGCUCAGACAAGUUAGGACAAAAAAUGAAAAGUGGUUUAAUGUGUUGUGAUAUAAACUGGUUUUCAGUUCACGCUCCAGCACUUAUCUGUAUAUUGCUGCUAGUUACAGUGGUGCUCGGUGAACCCAAACUAAUCAAUUUUUAAAAAAAUUAUUUUUUGUGAUGGAGCCGCUACGUGUUAAGAAACUGCUGCUUUGGACAUUCCAGUCCUCCGUUGAACAACUCUAAACUUAUUUGUAGGAUCGAGAUACAGUGUUGGACUGAGCUGGAUGUCUUUUAGCUGGAUUCCCAAUUUGUUCUGAAUUUUGACUUUUACUAGUGUAGUUUAGUUUACACUUUAAUAUAUUGUCUUCCACAUCCCUACAGUCGCACUAAUUAUUCUGUCAAAGGUGUUUGGACCUUGAAGGUGAUCUUGGAUCUUUAGCUCCCGUAUUCCUGUAUGUUAGGUAUCUUCUCUAUCUGUCAGUAAUAUGUAUGCAAAUGCUGACUGCUGUAUUCUCCUUGAAUGCCAUUACAACAGCAGGAGUGAUCCCAUUUACCUCCCCUCUUUUUUUUUUUUUUUUUUUUUUUUUUAAACGUGAAGGAAUUUAAAUGUGGUGAUUUUUUUUUUAAUGGUUGACAUAGUACUAGCACCAAAAUUUGCAUACAGCGCUUAAGAUGAGUUAUUCUAAAAGUCAGUUAUUCUGAAUUGUGUAUAUGGUAUCGUACUUUUUUGUGUGAUGUUGAGCUUAAGCACAUCAGUUCUCCACAACGGGCUAGAUAAGUCAAAAAUCAGAGUGUGGUCUUUUGACUAAUUGGCUGUUACAGACUGUUUUGAAUGUUCUUGUUCUCUCCAUUUCCUUUGGCUAUUUAUCAUAUGCUUGCGUCAUAUGUUACGUUAUUUUAUGCUUUUUUGUAGUGGUGGCUUUCAGGAGGUACAGGUUGUGUUUUAUUGGGGGGUUGGGGGUUCUUUGUGAUCUCUGAUAUGGUAAACAUUUGCUAAUCUGAUUUGUUUAUCUAAAAUCUAGACUAAAGAGUCUCUUACAAUAUGUUAACCAGUCACCUCCACUAAGUGAGACUUGAUCAAACAAAGUUUUUCUAGCCUGUAACCAUGUGUAGAUUUAUCCACGGUGCAGCUUUUUUUGUUAAACAAAACCCAACCACCAUUAACCACCAAGAAUUUGGCUGUUAUUAUGUCUAAGAAUACACUGGUGAAAGGUGUUCAAACAAACGUGCAGCACCACGGUCAUUCUAUUCCUGAUGAAAGGGUGACCUGAAACUUGAACACACUCACUUCAAGCAAACUAUAACAUAUCACUGAGUUUUCUUUAUUUUGACCAGUUUACACUGAGAGGCAGCCGUAGAUGCCAAAUUCACAUUUCUUAUCAAAAUCUCGAGUGCUUUUACUUGUAGAUGAAUGUGUUUAAACGUAUAUAACCAAUGCCUGUUCAUACAGUAUAUUUAAUAUAUAAUAUGGUGUGCCUUUUAAGCUAUAUACAAUAAUUGUGUGAUGCAUUUUUUUUUUAUUUUUUUUUUUUAAGGGUAUGCUAGUUCAUUCACUCUCAGAAAUCUUGAAAAAUUUGGAAACUUGUCAAAUGCAGUAGCAAUUAGCAAUUAACAAUCAAUUCUGUUCUAAACUGUUUGUGUUUUAUGUAAGUGGAGUUGCAUAUUAAAUUGACAAUAAAUCAAUUUUUAAACAAACAAA